AUGGUUAUGCAUGAUGGGAAGGUGCAGUUCAAUAUCGUGAGCUCAGAUCAUAAUAGUUUGAAGCAAAGGGAUGCUUUGAUUAAGGAGAUUGCGAAGGCUUUUAGGGGUAGUGCUAGGGGGAAGAAUUGUCAUAAUGAGCCGGUUAAGGGGAAUGGUAAACUAGUUAAUGGGGAUCUUCCUCCUCCGAGACAACCUUGGACAACUCUAAGCAUCUGCAGUAUCGUAACAAGAAUCCAACUCAACCUUCAAGAAAACCCAGGUGAACCUCACGUGGUGGCUAAGAUGGAUAUCAACGUUGUUGUUCUAGAACCCGCGAGACUUGAAUUUAAAUCUGGUGAUUAUUUGGGGCUUAUUGCUGAGCUAGUUCAACUCUAA